UUUUCGUAUGCGUGUUUAACAUGUUUGGUUUGGAUUCAUGCUUUAUAGGUGAAUUUUUAUGAAACUCUUUUAUUAAAUUUUCAUCAGUCUUUUCGGGCGUAUCAUAAUGAAAUAAACGUUUAGCCUCUUCACCGCAAAAUCUCUUCUUAACUGGCAAAUCUUUAUUUUCCAAUUCAACUUCUUUUCUCUUUUUUUCGUUAGUUUGUGUUGGAGAGAAGGCAAAAUCAUUUGGAUGCUUUUUCCAACUAUCGGGGGUAUCGGGGGAGUCUUCUUUAACAUCUUCUUUUUUAGAUUCCUCCUUUACUUUUUGUUUUUCUUUCUGUUUUUUCGCUUCAACUUCAACAUUUUUUUUAGAUUCUUCCUUCUCCUUUUCUUUUUCUUUAUGCUUUUUGGCUUUAAAUUACAAAAGUAUUCAAUCCUUCGGGGAGCUUUCAGUGAUGGGUCUGGCUCCAGGGCCAACUCCGGAGCCGGCCAUUAG